AUGUUAAGGUACGUUAAUGGUGAUAAGCAGUACCAAUUCCAUGAUCUCACCGUGGACGUGGAACCUGGGCACGUUUACAGCAAGACUGGUCAGCUGAGAUUUCGCACGUGGACAAACAAGGGCAAGAUAAUCAGGUUACACAGCUUUAUCCCUACUACAGUAAUCACAAUGAGGGAGCGAUAUCGGCUCCUGUUAUAAUGCAGUGUAAUACAAGGCACUAUGAAUAAUGCAAUGUAUUACGAUAUAAUACACCUUAAUACAAUGCUUUACCAUUCAAGGCAAUGCAAUAGAGUGUUUUCACUCACGUGGCCAGUAUCUAUGCAAAUUUAUUGGAACAAAAGAAAGCGUUUGCAUAAGAAAAAAGUUCAACUCCCAGAGGAUUGCUAUGGAAUACCAACAUGGCCGCCGUUUCAUUGUUUUGGACACUAAUAUGGCCGCCGUGACGUCAUGUGAGAACACUUUAUACAAUAGGCAUUUCCACGAUGGCGUCAUUUUACUACUACGACCAGAAUCCUUUUCGUUUUUCCUUUCAUAUUUAAAUUUUGUAAUCCCAGUGAGGUUUGAAUAACAAAAGCCCUAAUUAUCGUGCAAAUGGCCUAUUCAAUGCGAUACAACACACGUCAAGGCAAUAAUUAACAAUGAAAUAUGGGCAAGCGAAGGUUAAUAAGUUUACCCACAAGUAUGAGCUGCAAUAAUAGAGUUAUAUCAAAAUCACCUGCACAAAAAAGGAGGAUGUAAAAGGACCACAAAUUUGUCCAAUGAUAUUCUUAUACAUGGAAUGUUGUCAAUAUACUGAUCUUGAAAUAGAAUGAAAAAGAUAAGCAUUUUUUGAGUUAGCACUUUUACCAGUCAGGACGUAAAAGUUACCUUUGUGAAACUUUUAGGACAAUGAUAACGUUAACGUUUCUCAAUGAUCAGCAAUUUAACGACUGGCUACCGAUUUCUCUGCCAUCGAUCAAACAAUUGAUUACAAGGUUAACUCCUUGCGACCUGCUCAAACAACAAAUACUGCUCUUUUUUGUUACUGCAGACCGCAUUCAUAUACCUCCAUUCUUUUGACCCCAUCUUAUCGAGUAACAGAGCGAGAAACAGUUCAAGGUGUCGCCAAAGCGGCUGUAAGAGAUUUUGCCAGGCUUGUCCAGGAAGGCGUCUGUAAAGAAGGUCAAAUACUUCUUCUGAUGGCUGACGGAACACACAAAAAUAAAUCCAACACAAGUAUGACAGGACCUUGGUUUCUGGAUUACCAGAAUGAGGAAGAAAUCGUGUCACUAAUAAAAAGGUAUGGUUACAGCCUGUAGCAGAGGCCGGGGUGCAGUUUUACCUUUUGUACUGGUAGGGAUGUGUCAUCUUAAGCGAUGCAAACGCCUGUUUCACUUUCCCUCCUCAUUCUACUAGAACUUGAAGAGUAAUAGAACGUUUUCGACUCAUUUUCAAAACGAGUUCAACUGGAACACUUUUCUUUUGAAAAUGAGUUUUAUUUGCAUGAGAGUAAAAAUUCCUUCUCACAGCAAUAACUUCGAACUUAACCUCACUUUCAAACAGAAUCUUGGGCCAACUCGAAAUUGGUGCCUUUUGCGGAGUAGAGUAAUUGUUACUUGCAAACAAUUAAGAUCCUUCUAACCGGUGGAAACUUGGAAAUUUUCUUCAAAACGUCUAUUAUGAAUAGUAACUGGAAGUUGGCUGCGUCCUGAGAUUUACGUUUUCUUUCGCUUGUUUGUUACUCUGCUUGUAGAUAUAAGAUGGACUUUGCAACUGUGGUUACCGAGGACAGCGACAUUUUCACCUCGUGUCCUGGAAAGACAGACGUCCGAGGAAAAGGAUCACAGUUUGAGGCGGCUUUUAAUUUUAUUUGUCAUUAUGCUAUUCCGUAUGAUGACAAAGACAAGACUCACGUUGUCUGCAUUGAUUCUGAUUUAAAAGGUAAGGCAAAUUAUCGAAACAUGAAGUGUAAUAAGAACAACACCAUAAAGAGUACCUCAAUGCAUGCUAAUCAAAUCUCUCUUUCUUGCCAUCGACUAAAGCUAUCCCCAAGAUCUUUUCAACUACGUUUUUAAAGAGAAUAAAAUUACUAUGAGGUGAAAAUGAAUUUCAAAGGCGCUCUGUUUCUACAGAUAACGGCCAAACAUCAAGAUUUAUCCAGUUUUUACUAGACCUUAAACCGUUCAAAUUCCAUCCCAAAAUAGCCUGAGAAAACAGCCAACAUUUGGCAACGCUACCACUGGUUUCCCCGCCAAAUGACGUCUGAAAAACGAGCGCAGAAAUUCCAUACUGAUGACGCGUAACUACCUAGAUCUGGGUAGUGCUUCUGAUUGGUUGAAUCAAAUUCCCACGCGGCACGACCAAUCAGGAGCACUACCCAGAUCUGGGUAGAGACGCGUCAUCAGAAUGGAAUUUCUGCGCUCGUUUCUCAGACGUCAUUUGGCGGGGAAACUAGUGUUAGCGUCGGCAAAUGUCGGCUGUUUUCUCGGCUAAUCCCAAAAUAUCUCAAUAACACUCUCAUAGAUUUCACUCAAACUUAAGGAACACCAAGUGAGCUACUGAAGGAAAAAGCUCCCAUAAACGAUUUUAGAAAGAAAAAAAACCUUCCACUGCCGAGAAAUACGGCCACAAAUUAAAUAGUUAAUGAAGUCAUUUCCUUGCUAUGACAACUACGAUGUCACUGUAACAUAUAACAAAUUUCCAUCUUUAUCUAAAUGAAUACAAUUGUGGUUUUCAUUUCGCCAAAUCUUUGUCAAUGGCGACGUUAAUGCUCAAACUUGGCAGGUAUUGCCCUAAAAAAAAAAGCCUAUAGAACCACCUUAAACAUAUUUUGAGUUCUCGGCUUUUUCUUCCUCAGCCACUUAUGCAUUUUUAAAAUUAUUUUCACAGGUACAGAUGGUUUCGUUUAUCGUAUGUUUCUUGGAUUGAACAAGGGCUAUUCUUACCUUGCUCCAUUUUACUGGCGACAUAAGUACGAAGGCAGGCUCACCAAUCAUCUCAUGUUUCCUCUAUAUUCAUCUCUUACUCGCUAUGUUCUCAGACAACCAAUUGGCGGAGAAUUUGCAUUCAAUGGAAGCAUGCUUGUUCGGUUCACAAACCCUACGAUCUGGACCAAAAGUUGGAGAGAUUUUGGUAUCGACGCAGCGAUGAGUGUAACGGCAGCAAGAAGUGGGGAUUCCAUAGGGCAGCUUCAUCUUCCAAGGAAGAUCAACUACGUUGGAGACGACGCUAGGAGGCAAAUCGGUGACAUGUUUGUUCAGUGUGGAAGAAGUCUCUUCAAUGGCUUGAUAGACAUGUUGGACUCAACACCCUUCUGGGCAGAAAGCGAAGUAACAAUGGCGCCAGUUGUUGACACAGAAGCCGUUCACAAUACCAACUUAAAAGUUGAGCUGUCGGAGAAUGCUGAGAUUAUCGCUGCUCUUCACUCGUUCUUGACUCUACAAAUGGGGCCUGCCUUUCAGCGCAACAAUGAGACGAUCCUAGGUGAUUGUUUAUCUGAUCGUAUCAAAGCGACCUUUGAAGAAUUCAAGGGUAAUGGCCUGUGCAGUGUGCUAGCAUGGAACAAACCCAAAGAAAUGCCUCGGGACGAACAAGCCAAAGUGAUCGAUCAGUUGCAGAGCAUAAAGAGCAAAUAUUUCCUCAGUUCCGAUGAAUGGGCGCAAAUAGUUCUCAGAUGUUUGAAGGAGUUCCAAGUCAGGCGAAGUGACAACGAGCAGCAAGCUUGCCAUACAGUUAUCAGAGGGGUGCUUUUGUGCGUGUUUUACUUGAGGGUGCUAAGCUUUAACAUCGAGACUUCCGGUCUGCCAACGUAUCCCGAUGCCGAAGAACUGGUUAUGCAACAAAUGGAAGUGUUUUCACGAUUGGCAUUAGCAUAUUUUCAAGAAAACAAUAACGAUCAAGAGACGCUUUCGAAUGGAACACUGAACGAUUAA